AUGUGCCAGGAGCUAGCGAAGGCCUACCUAAGCGUGUAUGAUAGCGAGACUUUCGGUGCUGAGCUAAUAAAAAACCUCCAACAUGUAUCUAGCGUUGGUAAACUUGAAAUAAAAUAUGAUCUGACUGACGAAGGCACCAGGUUGUCUAAGGUGUUCCUCACGGUGCUCCGCACCAUUGACGUUUCGCUUCAUACGUUGAAAUCCAACUGCCGAGUUCUGCAAAAGAAACGAAUCAACAAAGAUACUGACAUUGGCAGACUGUUCGCUGAAAUGGGAUAUGUAGUUUCAAACUUUGAUGAGCAAAAUGGCGAGCUACAGGACAAAAGUGAUAUGACCGGCGAGCAUAUCCUAGGCCGACUUAUCCGUCGCAGUGGGAGAGUGUACAGCAGCCACGAUGAUAAAAACUACGAAGGGGCACUAAAGGAUCUCGUCACGCACCUCAAUCGCUACUUCGAAGUGUGCCACUUCCCCAUCCGCCCUAGACCUAGGACACCUUGCAAUGUAUACGAAAUGCUUGUAUGGCUUACAGGCCUUCCUCACAAUCCGGUUUACGACGCGCUAUUAGAAGACGGUCUCAGUGCGCCAUUUAAAGACCCGGCGAAGCAGACGAAGGAAGCGGGUGACGGCUUUGAGUUCCCCGUGUUUGACCUCCAGACUUCACAUAUAGAUGCAUACCCGAGUAACAUCACCUACAAGAAUACGGCUAGGACGAUAGAUCACAUCUGUUCGAAAGCAUACGACGUAUUGGCCCCCAUCGUCGGACAUGGCAACGCUUCCACCGUGUACGCUUGUGACUUCCCAAGCAACACCCUCAAUUUGAAAUAUCCCGCUGGCGGUGAGGACUGCCUAAAUACGCUCCUCGAUAUCCUGCGUAGACUUCUACCGCAGCUGCAAUAUUUGUUCCACCGCUGUAACGUUACCGAUACGUAUUACGGUUGGCGAAAUUGUAAGUACGGCAGGGACGUACCGACAGCCAAGUGGCCGUGUAGCGACCACUCAAGCGACAAAGCAACGUACGAAGCAACGUGCCAGACAAAGUGUAAACCAAAAUGCAAAACAACUUGCCAACCAACAUCGCCAUUGAUGUCUUAUCUAAAUGACUGCCUAUCUGCUCAUUUGCCGCAUCAGAUAGUGACGGUGGGUUGCAAGUCUGAAUGUAAGACAUGCCCUUCCAAUAGCCCUGGAAUGCCGUGCCGAAUGCCCUUCGGAUUUAGAGGAUUUUCUGGGUCAACGAAGACAGGUAUGGAUAUAUGCGAAAGCAUCAGGCUAUUUUUGGGUAGCGGCCUAGUGUCGUCCCUUUUGUGCCUUAUACCCAGGCCGCCGUCUACACUACCGGAGCACUUCAACUUUGCGUUGCAGUUGGGUAAUAUGUUGCAUAAAGGUAAAAGCUCCGGCGGUAAUGGCGUCAGUGCAGCAUUUAUAAAAUCGAUCGAAAGCGCAUCUAUUCGCCUGUACGAAAAUCCCAUGGAGCUGACCGAUGCGCUUAGCGGUGCCUAUGGUAAUACGCAGUCUGACCACAGUCAUACCAGUGGGGAACCUAAACAUGCCCCGUUAUCCAGUUUAUCGAUGAACAACUCAUGUAUGCUUCCUAAGACCGACAAUAUUUUCUGUGGUCCCUACCUUCAAUCUCUACACCAGGAUUCCUAUUAUUCACUCGCCGAGAAGCAUUGUAACCUGUACUUGUCCUGGGCGAUAUACUUGCCGUGGCAAUUUUGGAAUUAUCUGAAAACCCUGUACGAUUCCUUCUGCAGUAUAUCCUGCCAGGACUGGGGCUGCAGUGGUUGCUUAAAAGGUGACAAAUGCAAGACGGGCAAACACGGAACGGACUACAACUGCAGAUGCUGGAGUGUCGUCAAAUGCCGCGGAGUGCAAAGCACUUUCUACAGUUAUGGAUUCGCAUUCGGCGACGCGAAAAAAUUGUUGGACGAGAAUGAACUGAGGUAUUGCCACGAUUUCUGCAAACAACUUGAGAAUAUUCUCAAUUCACAAUUUUUCAAGGACCUCCUCCAAAAGUGCGAUGAAUUCAUAUUCACCAUCAGACAGCCGUUUAUAUGGCUUAACGUCGCGCUCUGGUCACUAUCUCUCUUCUACCUCAUCUGCGUAAUGGUUGGCAGACUGGAUGUGCUCCACAUCAAAUCGCACCUGAGGAUACCGUCGUCGCACAAGAUAACGGCGCAAUCAUUGUUGGCGGCAGCGCAAGUCGGAAGGCUUGCCAAGAUAUCGUACCUGCAACCGUGA